AUGGAGCAAUUUUCGCACGACCUGACGUUGGCGUUGGAGGAAACUUCCCGUACCACUUCGAGUAAGGUGCGAUGGGGAGUGCGUCGUCGGACGCGUUCGACGGGAAAUUUGCCUUGUGCACCACAACCGACAGAGGAUAGCUCCAGCAGUCCAACUGAUCCACCGGCAUGCAACAUGGUGAUGAACCAAGCCGAUUCGCCCUAUCUCAGUGGUAGUAACAACAUCGUCCAGAGUGAUUCGGACGACAGACAUUCCGUAGCGUUUACGUUCAAGUUGCGCCAGACGCCACUUUCGGGAAACUUCGAGUCCGAUUCGCUGAACGAAAACUUCAGCCCUGCUAGGCCGAACAUGCGUCGAAAGCGAAAGUACAAACGUAUGGCCGUAGAGUAUGAGACGACACCGUCCACACCGCAUAUCGGUGUGAAUCCAUUGUUCCCCGUCGCUGGUACGGUGAAGAAGCGCGUUUUCAAACACUCGACGUGCCCGGAUAGUUUUAGGAGCACGAUGCUUUUUUGCGGCAAAAGAAAGCGCAGUCAGCGCGAUCGUGGAGGUUUGGAUUAUGACUUCUGCAAGCAGCAUUCCAGCAGCGUACCGAGACAGCGGGAAUUUUUUGGACCGAAAGGGUCGUCCUACAGCGAGUACAAGAGUCGCAAUCGUGCCGCCUCGUUCUCUGCCAGUAUGAUGAAGUGUGAAAGAAUACUACCGCUGAAUAAGACUGUCGUCUCAAAGAUCGAAAGAAUAUCAGCGGACAGGGAUCGUGAGCGGUCAGCCUUGCUAGAAGCUUCACGAUCUACCGCUGUAGUUCCUCCGUCUGCUCCAGUUCCCGUACCGACCGGUGGAGAGUUUAAUUUUUCGAUCCCGUUGCAGCAACAGCAGCAGCAGUUGCUUCCGGUAGGAAAUCUUCCACAGCCAUCUGUAGCAAUGCCACUGGAAGGUGGGGUGAUUUUACCAUUACUCGGAAGCCAAGGUCACAAUGACGAGAAAACAGCUCAGCAUCAAAUUGUUGCUAUCGGUGCAAAAAGCACUUUCGGUGUUCCGCUAAGUCAAUCGAGCAUGGCUGGAAUGACGCCUUUGGUAUUGCCCACGAACAGUUUAAAUUCGCUUCGGCAGCCCGACGUACCUAUGGUUGCAUCCACUGUAACGACAGCCUUAAUGGAACCUCUCGGAACAACGCAAACCGGACUGCUUCAUCCAGUGGAAUCAAAGCCAUUGUUGGCGCACCCUUUCGUUGAACAUAUUGUUGAGAAUUCCAUCAACUUCCAAUCUUCGUUUUCUGAAAUUGCCUCCUUACCACCGACCACCACAUCCGUCGCAGAACCGAUGAAGGCAGCAGUACUUGCAAAGACAAAAGCGAGCUACCCAAAAGAAAAGCAUCGCCAUCGUAAGUCUAAGUACAUCCGCAAGAAGCAAAUGCUCAUGAUGGCUGGCCCGGAAGGACAGGGUCAGCUGAUGGACUGUGCUGGACAGGUUAAUGAUUUCCUGAGCUCCAGCUCGCUCAGUUCGAGCGAUUCGGAGGCGGUGUUGGCAAAUGAGACGGAUCACGAAGGGGAUGACGAGCUGACGGAUUGGCCCGGCAAUGAGGCAAUGAUUACGUUUGCAUCGAAGCACGAUUUUCGCAAGGCAUAUCACGGCAAUCGUGCACCGGGAGCCAUUGGGACAUCUUCAGCAAUCGGGAGACCCAUCCUGCCGCAUGUAAACCAGCAGGCCGAACAUGAUCUGCCGGAUGAUGAUACACUGAUGUCGGCUGACGAGUUACUGAUAUCGGCAGGUGUUCCAAGGGGAAUAGUGGGUGAAAUCGCGAUGCAACCAGUAGGCUCAACAGUGGCUGGCAUCGGUUUGAACACUUUAGAUACAAAUCUGACGAUUCCUAUUGGGGCCGAUUUAUCCGCCAUGAGCUCACCGUUUCUAGUCAACAAUAUAGCGCCCGGGCUGCCGCUCGCUAAUGAGAUACGAGAGAUACGUGCCGGAUGUAGGAGAAUCCGUGAGGAACGGCCUGGCUUUUCUAUCAUAUCAAGUGUUAACGAGUUGUUAUCAAGGUUUCUUCAGGAUGACCAACAGCGUGAGCUGACACUGCACGACGUAGACAAAGCAGAACAUGAUAAGCUGCAGGAUCUAUGUAAGCUUUAUUCCCUGAACGCACAACAAUUAAGUGAAAACGGAAGUGUGGUAAUGCUGAGCAAGACCAGCAACACGAUGCAAUCGGUCCGAAUUGAUCAAUCAAAUCUACCGAAACGACUUGGAGAUUUCAAACGACGUUGCUACGGCAAUGCGGAAGCUCUGCAAUUUCACGACGGUGCUACCAGUUAA